GCAAGCUAUCUAGGGGAACCCUGAAGAACGUGAUUCCUUUAAGAAAGUUGGUUGUAUAAUCUCACAUCCAUACCAUAUAUAAUAACUCCAAGGCCUAGCAUUUUUAUUCAAGUUGCAUGCCAAGAUCUUCUGGCAGGCUUAUCAGCACUUAAUCCUGCAUUUGCCUGCUUAUCAGACCAGUUUAUCCGUUCUGUGAGCGCGUGUAAAGUUAGGGGUUCCCAAUGAGGAUAUCAAUCCCGGUCCUUUUUACCCUAUUGUUUGCCACAAGCUUCUGUUAUGGCGAUCAGAAGACUGCAGAGGUAAUUGGAGUUAGUGAAUGUGCUGACUGUCAGCAGAACAAUAUCAAGCAUAGCCAUGCUUUUGAAGGACUUAAAGUUACAAUUGACUGCAAGCUUGCAAAUGGCAAUAUGAAAAGAAGGGCAGAAGGGAAGCUCGAUAAAGAAGGGAACUUUAAGGUAGAUCUUCCACAUGACCUUGUGGAGGAUGGGAAGAAGUUGAAGGAAGAAUGUUAUGCCCAACUUCACGGUGCAUCAGGCAUACCAUGCUCGGCUUAUAAUGGGAUCGAGUCAUCGAAAUUAACCUUUGUUUCUAAAUCUGAUGGCAAACACACAUUUAGCCCAGUUGGAAAACUGAAAUUCUCACCAGUAACUUGCACAUCUGCCUUCUUGUGGCCUCACUUUAAGUACCCACCUUUGCACAAGAAGUCCAUCCCUAAGUUGCCAUUCACUUUCCCUAAGAUCUCUUGCCCCCCAUUUCUCAAAAAACCGUUUUUCAAGAAACAUUUCUUCAAGAAGCCAUUUGUCUCUAUCCCAAAGCACAAGAAAUCGUUCCCACCUGUCCCUGUAUACAAGAAGCCAUGCCCACCACCCGUGCCAGUAUACAAGAAGCCACUCCCACCACCAGUGCCAGUAUACAAGAAGCCACUCCCACCACCUGUGCCAGUGUACAAGAAGCCACUCCCACCACCCGUGCCAGUGUACAAGAAGCCACUCCCACCACCUGUGCCAGUGUACAAGAAGCCGCUACCACCCCCCGUGCCAGUAUACAAGAAGCCACUCCUACCACCAGUGCCAAUAUACAAGAAGCCGCCUGUUAUCCCGGUAUAUAAGCCAAAGCCUCUUCCUCCUAUUACCUUUCCUAAGAAGCCAUGUCCUCCUAUUAGUAUUCCUAAGCUCCCUCCAUUUAAGUUCCCGCACUACCCCAAAUUUCCUCCAAAGGUUUUUGAACAUCCCAAGUACAAAAAAUGGCCUUCUUUGCCACCAUUCACUCCUCAUCCUUGAUUGAGAGAGACCAUUUGCUUUAUUUGUAGCGCUGUGAUUUAUUUCAUUUCAUUACAGGACUAUAUUCUUAUUGAUGCAGUAAUAUAUAUAAUGUGUUCUUCAUUCUGCAUUGAUGCAACAAGGAGCGUGCUGGUUCAGUUUACACUCCAAAAGAGGCAGGCAGCAGGCAGUUUCCCUUCUGGAGUACUAGAGUGAUUAUAAGUCUUCAUUGUUUCUAUUACUGUUUCUUAUUUACGUGUACAAUGUUCUAGCUACACCAUAUCUUUUGUAAUAUCUAUUUUGCCAAUAAAAUUGGUGACAUUAUUGGUUGAAUUUGUUAUUA